ACAUCUGCCGUGACACAGUAACCAGCACUACCAUCCUCACCUGAAGUUAACAUUGUCAGCGUCUUCUGUCAUCACAACAACCAAGAUGAGACCUUCCAUGACCGUAGUGAUGGUGGUGAUGGCGAUGAUGGUAGCGAAUGUAUUUUGUCAAGAGGAUAACCUGGUAUGUACCGAACAGGAGGAAACUGACCUUAGGGCUCUUCUCAGGAAAGGCACAGAGGAACUCUAUCUUCCGCUCCUGGAGGAAACAGCAUCUGGGAUUCGAACCUUGUUGAGUAACCAGAAUACCGUAAGGUUCCAUCUCGACUGCGUUAUCCACAGCAAAGAGUGUACUCGUAUCGGCAAGUCUCUACAACACCUGAUAACAGACAACGCCGGUGGAGAACUCUGCUACACCUGCCAGCCUUGCCAGAAGCGUCGUAUCCAACAUAUCCUGAAGGACCUCCGCUGCAACUACAAGCCUGAGUCUGACGAGCUUGAACAGUACGUCCUGAGCGAGAGGCAAAUCAACAUAUAUGACUUCUUCCAGCUUAAGACUAUCACAUGUUAAGAUAAUUAUACUGAGUUACCAAUCACCCAAAUAUGUAGCUUUGUCUGGUAACUCAAAUCUUAUGCAGUGAUGAGUGGCUGUCUUUAGAGGGAGUGACAUGAGUGGCAGUGUUAUAGAUGGAGUGACAGCCUUGAGUAACGUUGUCACUCAUUAUCUCUCUCUCUUUCUCUCUUAGCCAGUUAUGUUGAGUUAUAUUACAGUCACGAAUAAAGAUUAUAAUCAUUA